UUCACGCACACCACCACACAUACUUUCUCUCUCCUUCCACUUUUCAGUCCUCUCUCUCGUCGGAACAGAUACGCUGAAUAUCUUCUCCUUCUUCCACUCUCUCUAAUCUUUCUUUUUUGUCUCAGCAGCACACCCCAUUUCUAGAGAGAGAGAAAAUUCACCUCAUGUCUUUUCCAAAAGCAUCAACUUGAGAAGUGUGAGAGUCAGAGUGGGUGGUUUUCACUUUUCAUUGGUUUCAACUUUCAACUCUCUCUUGCCUCUCCCACUUUUCUAUGGUGUUAUUUUUCUGGGAAAUAUUAUUAUUUUAAGCCCAUGUUCUGGUCAGCUUCUAACUGAAGCGUAAACAAGGAAUAUGAUAUACUUUUUGGGGUGGGGGAAGGAAGAAGAUAGUUAUUGAUUUUUUUUUCAGGGUCACGUGAGAGGAAAAAAAUCGUGUUUUUAUUUUUCUUGUUAAGGAGUUUUGUUUGUUGUUGACGAGGGGGGUUUAAAGUUUGAAGAGGCUGUGUGGGGAAGGGAAUAUUAGCACUCAGUGGAAUUGGGGUUGAUUUUUACUAUGGAGACAUGUUUAUUUAGAAAGGUAGAUUCUGGGGUUGUUGGUUUUGUUCUGUACUUCUUGGAUUAAAAAGAGUUGUUUUUUUUAUGAUUUUUGAACAAAAAAAUUGUGGGGAUAACGAUUAAAAUGAGGAAUUCGGGUAUAGUUUAAGGUCCCAUCAUGAGUUUCCGAGAGGGAAAGUUAGGAGGAGAAGAGAAGGAAUGUGAAGAAUCGGUGUUGGGGAGCACUGAAUCCAAAUCAGUGAGGGAAAAUGGAUCAUUGGCAGCCACACAGCUAACAAUUGAUGAUAAUCUAUUGGUUGACCCUAAACUACUCUUUAUAGGGUCCAAGAUUGGUGAAGGAGCUCAUGGGAAAGUAUAUGAAGGAAGGUAUGGAGAUCAAAUUGUGGCAAUCAAAGUUCUGCAUCGUGGGAGCACUUCUGAAGAAAGAGCUUCUCUUGAAAAUCGUUUUGCUCGAGAAGUUAAUAUGAUGUCUCGUGUCCACCACGACAAUCUUGUUAAGUUUAUUGGAGCGUGUAAGGAUCCUCUUAUGGUAAUAGUCACAGAGCUAUUACCAGGGAUGUCACUGCGUAAAUAUUUAAUGAGUAUCCGUCCUAAACUAUUAGACCUUCAUUUGGCUAUCAACUUUGCUCUUGAUAUUGCUCGAGCCUUGGAUUGGCUACAUGCUAAUGGGAUCAUACACAGAGAUCUGAAACCUGACAAUCUGUUGCUUACAGCGGACCAGAAGUCUGUUAAACUUGCAGAUUUUGGCCUCGCUAGAGAAGAAACUGUGACUGAAAUGAUGACUGCAGAAACAGGAACGUACCGUUGGAUGGCACCAGAGCUGUACAGUACUGUGACUUUGCGUCAGGGAGAGAAAAAGCACUACAACAACAAGGUUGAUGUAUAUAGCUUUGGAAUUGUUCUAUGGGAGCUACUAACAAAUCGCAUGCCAUUUGAAGGGAUGUCCAAUUUACAGGCUGCUUAUGCUGCUGCAUUUAAGCAAGAGAGGCCCAGCAUACCAGAUGAUAUAUCUCCUGAACUUGCUUUUGUGAUACAAUCAUGCUGGGUUGAAGAUCCUAACUUGAGACCGAGUUUUAGUCAGAUCAUUCGCAUGCUCAAUGCAUUUCUCUUCACUCUCUCACCACCAUCUCCUCCUUUGCCAGUACCUAACCAUGAACCUGAGGUGGCUACAACCAGCAAUGGCACCAUUACUGAGUUUUCUGCCCGAAACAAAGGAAGGUUUGGUUUUCUUCGCCAAUUGUUUUCUUCAAAGAGGACCAAAAACUAACUUUUAAGUGCUAAAUUUUUUAAAAUCCCCUUUUGUUGUAGAUGAAAAGAGUUGCCAUAUUCUAUAUGGUAUACAAAUUUAGUAAAUUUAUGAGUAACCCUCUAAGGUGACCCAAAGGAUGUAACAUGUUCUACAAAAGAAAAGAAUGUAGUUUAUAGACUUCUGAAAGAUUAAGGAAAAGAAAAUAGGAUUUGUUUACAUUAUCUACUACAUCUUGCUGUAAAGAAACUGAUUAGUUUAGACAUUUUACUAUUCUGAGAAAGGUCAUUAAUUGCUGUGCAAUAGUGAUUCAUUGUAAAAUGAUUGUUUCCAGAGGAUGGUUUGCGUUAAUUUGGCCAA